AUGCGGUCUAUCUUUUCGGUCCUUCAUCGGACCGCCGCAACGGCAUGGCAGCCGCCAACCGCGUCGCUGCGAAGCUCUCGCAUGGUCUUCAAGCUGGAUUCCAUUUGCGCCAGAUGCCGCACUCAACAGAUCCGUUUCCAAAGCCAGUUCAACCAGAUGGCAGAUGAUCCGCGCUGGCUGUCGGUCGUCGAUCACCCUGCGCAGAUUGUCCGGACAGGUCGGAAGCAUGGCCCUGGUCUGAUUAUCCUGGCCCUGAUCCCUAUCAUCUCGUUCGCCCUCGGCACAUGGCAGAUUCAGCGCCUCGAUUGGAAAACCAAACUGAUUGCCAAGUACGAAGACCGUCUGAUCAAGCCGCCGCUCCCGCUGCCUCCGCAAAUUGACCCGGAGGUUAUCUCGGAAUUUGACUAUCGUCGGGUCUACGCCACCGGACGUCUGAGACAUGAUCAGGAGAUGCUGGUUGGGCCUCGGAUGCGCGAGGGUCAGGAUGGUUACGUCGUCAUCACGCCCCUCGAGCGCGGCGACGGUCAGAGUACCGUGCUGGUCAAUCGCGGGUGGAUUUCGCGCAAGAUGGUGGACCAGAAGGAUCGUGCGGUAGGACUGCCACAGGGGGAGGUAACUGUCGAGGGUCUGCUACGGGAGCCGUACAAGAAGAACAUGUUUACGCCGGAGAACAAGCCACAGGAUGGGAAGUUCUACUUUCCUGAUGUGGAACAGAUGGCUGAACUGACCGGCAGUCAGCCGGUUUUGAUUGAAGAGACCAUGAUCCCGGACAUGGUGGAACACCUGGACAGAGAGCCCAAGGGUAUUCCCAUCGGCCGUGCGGCGGAGGUGAACCUGAGGAAUAACCACAGUCAAUACAUCUUCACAUGGUAA